CACGAUCAUUCAAGUGAUAGUUGUUUACCAAUUAUAACCCUAGCUAGCUAUCACAACCAUGAAACUAGUUGUAUCAUUCUUCCUCCUUGCCACCCUCCUAGCAACAUCCCAGGGAAUUUCGCACCAAAUCCACCUCCUUAAACCGCAUUCCGGCGCCGCCGGCCACCGCAUCCCGGGUGUUUCCUGCCUGAGUUGGCGUCUGGCCGUGGAAACAAACAACAUCCGUGGAUGGGACUUGGUUCCCGAAGCCUGUGAAAACUAUGUUGGACACUACAUGCUCGGCCACCAGUACCGUAAGGAUUGCAAUGCUGUGGCUUAUGCCGCUUACCAAUAUGCGAAGAGCCUCAGCCUCCCCAAGGAUGGCAAGAAUGUUUGGGUUUUUGACAUUGAUGAGACUGCUCUCUCUAAUCUCCCUUAUUAUGCUCAACCUGAAAAUGCAUUUGGGGCAAAGGAGUACAACGAUACAUCCUUCGAAGAAUGGGAAAAGAAAGGCGCAGCACCAGCAGUGCCUGCGGUUCUUUUUCUCUACAAAAAAUUAGUAAAUCUUGGGUUUAAGAUUGUGUUUAUAUCAGGAAAGACUGCAACUUUGAGAGCAAUUACAGAAAAGAACUUGAAAAAUGUCGGUUACCUGACUUGGGAGAAGCUUAUACUCAAGCAAACCUCUGAAUCGGGUACCACAGCAGUAGUGUAUAAAUCAAAGAAAAGAAAGGAGCUCGAAGCUCAAGGUUACAGGAUCCUUGGCAACAUGGGAGAUCAAUGGAGCGAUUUGUUGGGGACACAUGUCGGCAAUCAGACAUUUAAAGUGCCGGAUCCAAUGUACUACAUUAGUUGAACGUUGCGCUUGUGAUCUUUUGAUUGAAUCGGUCGGUCGGGAGCUAAUCAUAUGUAAAUCUUGGAUGGGCUGUAUCAUUUAUGUACCCUUCAAUAAUGAGUGUUUCUGUGAGGAGUCAGUCUUCUUAGUCUUCUGGAUGUCCUUGUUUAAUUAUGCUUUAAUUAUGAAUUUGUUGAAGUUUUAUGGUUGAUCUGAUUUUGCUUU